CACCGGAACGCGCCAGCAUCCAUGGCAACGUCUCCUAGCUUCCAUGUGAGCUAGAGCCUCGUCUUGUGACGUUUGAUUCACAGUUUUUCUUAUCCCCCCCCCCAAAGCAGAGAUGAGUCGAACUCCGGAUGCACGAGCGAGGGACAACCAGACCAAGAGGAUCCAGGAGAACAUCAGCAAUGUGGAGAAGCACUUUGAUGAGAUGUGUCAAAUGUUUGCCGCCUAUGGCCGCAAAGCCGCCAGGCUGCGCGACAAGGCUGACGUCCUGGUGCGAGAGGUGGCCGACUACGCUGACACCGAGACCCCUAGUCUCAAGAAAGGCAUGAAGCGGUAUGCCGAACACCUGGCCAAGAUUCAAGACUAUCGGCAAGCCCAGGUAGAGCGGCUGGAGGCCAAAGUGAUCGAGCCGCUGAAAGGUUACGGCGCAGUCGUGCGGCGAAAACGGGAGGACGUGAAGGCGGUCCAGAACGCCAGGACUCGGGAGUCCAAACAGAUGGUGCAACUGGAGCGCACUCGCCAACGGAACCCGUCCGACCGACAAGUCAUCUCUCAGGCCGAGAGUGAAUUGCAGCGAGCCACCAUGGAUGCGGCGCGCACCACGCGUCAGCUGGAGGAGACCAUCGAUGACUUUGAGAAGCAGAAGAUUCGAGACAUCAAGAGAAUCCUGUGCGACUUUGCCGCCGUGGAGAUGUGCUUCCACGCCAAAGCCUUGGAGCUCUACACACAGGCCUAUCAGAGCAUCAGUGGCGUAGACGAGGACGACGACUUGGAGGUGUUUAGGAGCUCGCUACACCCGCCCGACUACUCGGAGCGCUUGGAUGUGGUGCGCGCCAACUCUCUGGACGGGACCGCCUCCUCUUUCCUGACGUCGGCGGCCGCCUUCCAGCAACAGAGAGUCUCCGGGCGGCAGGGUGAGGACGAGGAGGACGAGGACGAAUCUGAAGAGGAGGAUGACUCCGAUGAGGAAACACGAUGACGCUAGCGCACGUUGACAUCUGCGCAUCCGUGCCAAUUAUGAAACAUCAUUGCUGUUUGAGUGAGAGCGCUUCUCUGACAACUUUUCUUGUUUCCAUUUGAAUCUGUCAUGGAACGAAAUGCACUACCAGAUGGAUUGUCACGCUAGGAAACAU